CCCCGUCCCAUCACUCACUGAGCCGAGCUGCAUCCGCUUCAUCCGCCGCAACCGCGAAGAUGGCGACCCGGGUCGUAAUAUUUUUCAAGACCAUGCAGGCGGCUCGAUGCCCGACAGAUGAGCUGUCGCUGACUAACUGUGCCGUGGUGAGCGAGAAGGAUCUGCAGUCCGGACAACAUGUGACGGUGAAGACCACACCCAACCACAAGUUCGUGUUUACAGUGAAGACCCACCACACCGUGGCCGCCGGCUCCAUCGCCUUCAGCCUGCCGCAGAGGAAGUGGGCCGGCCUCUCCAUCGGCCAGGAAGUGGAAGUGGCCAACUACAACUUCGACAAGUCCAAGCAGUGCAUCGGCGCCAUGACAAUCGAGAUCGACUUCCUGCAGAAGAAGAGCACCGACUCCUCCCCCUACGACUCGGACAAGAUGGCGGCCGAGUUCAUCCAGCAGUUCAACAACCAGGCCUUCUCCGUCACCCAGCAGCUCGUGUUCAGUUUCUGCGACAAGCUGUUCGGCCUGAUGGUGAAAGACAUCGAGGCGAUGGACGCCAGCAUCCUGAAGGGAGAGCCGGGUUCGGGAAAGAAGCAGCAGAAGAUCGACAUCGGUCUGAUGGUGGGAAACAGCCAGGUGAUUUUUGAAAAGGCGGAGAAUUCCUCCCUCACACUUGUCGGUAAGGCCAAGACCAAGGAAGCACGACAGACAAUCAUCAACCCCGACUGGAACUUCGAGAAGAUGGGAAUCGGCGGUCUGGACAAGGAGUUCUCCGACAUUUUCCGCCGAGCCUUCGCUUCCCGAGUCUUUCCUCCUGACAUCGUGGAGCAGAUGGGCUGUAAGCACGUGAAGGGCAUCCUGCUGUUCGGCCCUCCGGGGUGCGGUAAGACUCUGAUGGCCCGGCAGAUCGGGAAGAUGCUCAACGCCCGCGAGCCCAAGAUCGUCAACGGCCCCGAGAUCCUCAACAAGUACGUGGGCGAGUCAGAGGCCAACAUCCGGAAACUGUUCGCCGAGGCCGAAGAGGAGCAGAAGAGGCUGGGAGCCAACAGCGGCCUCCACAUCAUCAUCUUCGACGAGCUGGACGCCAUCUGCAAGCAGAGAGGCACGGGCGCCAGCAGCACGGGCGUGCACGACACCGUGGUCAACCAGCUGCUGUCCAAGAUCGACGGCGUGGAGCAGCUCAACAACAUCCUGGUCAUCGGAAUGACCAACAGGCCCGACCUGAUCGACGACGCCCUCAUGAGGCCGGGCAGGUUUGAGGUCAAGAUGGAGAUCGGUCUGCCCGACGAGAAGGGCCGCGUCCAGAUCCUCACCAUCCACACCAACAAGAUGCGGAGCUUCAACCUGCUGGCCGGCGACGUCAACAUCAAGGAGCUGGCGGCCGAGACCAAGAACUACAGCGGCGCCGAGCUGGAGGGUCUGGUCAGGGCGGCGCAGUCCACCGCCAUGAACCGACACAUCAAGGCUACGUCCACAGUGGAGGUGGACAUGGAGCGGGCGGAGAAGCUGCAGGUCACCAGAGCCGACUUCUUCGGGUCGCUCAACAACGACAUCAAACCAGCGUUCGGUACUAACCAGGAGGACUACUCCAGCUACAUCAUGAACGGCAUCAUCAAAUGGGGCGACCCCGUCACCCACGUCCUGGACGACGGCGAGCUGCUGGUGCAGCAAACCAAGAACAGCGACCGCACGCCGCUGGUGGCCGUGCUGCUGGAGGGUCCGCCGCACAGCGGAAAGACGGCGCUGGCGGCGAAGAUUGCAGAGGACUCGCAGUUCCCCUUCAUCAAGAUCUGCUCUCCUGACAAGAUGAUUGGACACUCAGAGAUUUCCAAAUGCCAGGCAAUCAAAAAGGUCUUCGACGACGCCUACAAGUCUCAGCUCAGCUGCGUGGUGGUGGACGACAUCGAGCGCCUGCUGGACUACGUCCCCAUCGGACCCCGCUUCUCCAACCUGGUCCUCCAGGCUCUGCUGGUGCUGCUGAAGAAAGCCCCGCCCAAGGGCCGGAAGCUGCUCAUCAUCGGCACCACCAGCAGGAAGGACGUCCUGCAGGAGAUGGAGAUGCUGGACGCCUUCAGCACCACCAUACACAUCCCCAACAUCUCCACCGGGGAGCAGCUGGUCGACGCCUUGGAGCUGCUGGGAAGCUUCACGGACAAGGAGCGGGCCAGCAUCGCGCAGCAGCUGAAGGGGAAGCGCGUCUGGAUCGGCAUCAAGAAGCUGCUGGUGCUCAUAGAGAUGUCACUGCAGAUGGAUCCAGACUACAGAGUGACCAAGUUCUUGACUCUGCUCAGAGACGAGGGGGCGUUGAAUGAAGGCGACCAAAUCCGAAUUUAAGCUGUCAGUCUCUCU